GACCUGACACACAGAGAGAGAUUCAGUGAAUUCAAACAACCACCAUUCUGCCUUUUGUUUAAACUAACCCAGAGCAGAGAUCAGACAAUAAUGGCUGCAGAUAUUAAAAUGCUCUUUUGUGUUGGACUUGCUGUUGUACUAACAGGUGUUGGAAAGUCUGCGUUUAUUGGGAAGAGCCACAGCGAAGGAAAGGAGGAUCCUGUGCUGCAGUAUGUUGUUAACAACUCACUGAGGGAGCAUCCAGUCCUCACCAAACUCAGACUGAGAACCCUUGAAGAUGAAUGGAGUAGAAUGAUGGUUGCCUGUGAACAAGCCCAGCUUAUGGCAAAUCUCAUGAAACUGAUCAAUGCAACUAAAGCUAUUGAAAUAGGGAUGUACACAGGGUAUAAUGCACUGAACAUGGCUUUGGCCAUGCCAGAGAAUGGAUGCGUGCUAGCUUGUGAAGUAGUAGAGAGCUAUGUGGACAUUGCCAAACCGUUUUUUAAAGAGGCUGGGGUUGAAAAUAAGAUAGACGUACGGCUUCAAGCUGCACUGAAGACACUGGACGAACUGAUUGAGGCCGGAGAAGCUGGAACAUAUGACUUUGUGUUCAUUGAUGCUGACAAAAUAAACUAUGACAACUACUAUGAGAAGUCCCUUGAGCUCAUACGAAAAGGGGGCAUUAUUGCGAUUGACAAUGUGCUGUGGAGCGGAAAGGUUGUGAAUCCUGCUGCUGAUGAUCUCACCUCACAGGCUCUGGAUGCUCUCAAUAAGAAGCUGCACAAGGACCAGAGGAUUGAUCUGAGCAUGCUCACUAUUGGUGAUGGGCUGACCAUUGCCAUUAAACGCUAAAAGUUAUAAAAACUUACACGUUUGUCAUAACGGUGAAUUAGUUCUGAUAUUGCAUAUAAGCUUAGAACAUAAUGAGUGGAGUACAUUGACUUUUGUAUUUUUGGUCAGCUAUAUCAAUCAUCGAAGGAAUGCUUUUUCAAUUGCAGAUUAAACACUAAAACAGUUUCCUCUUA